AUGCAGGACGUUGUCAACGAAUGCUGGGUCAAGGCGGUUGAUUACUUCAAUGACCGCCUCACUCGGGAUCGACAAAAGAAAGUAAAGCUUCAGGAGCUCGGCAAGAAGUUCAAGUGCUGCACCCUUGGAGAGCUGGCAAGAGAGAUCGAGGCGGACAGACGACCAGACUGUGUCACCGACCAGGGAUGGAAGAAGACCUUGCGCAGCAUCAUUCGCAAAUUGCACGAUUGUGCCGAAGUUGGUGAUGUCCUUAUAGCGCCGCAACCUCUUCCAGCUGCUGUGGUUUGGGGAACCAUCCGUCUGUGCUUGCAGUUGGGAGCCUCCUACAUACAAUUCCUGGACGAUAUUGGACAGCAUUUGGUGGUGAUUGUGGGCAGCACAGGUCUUUACGAACAAGUAGCACGCACCUUCAAGGACCAUCCGGAAAUCCUGGACCAAGUUGCGGUGUACUUUGCCCAUAUUCUCUGCUAUCUGGUCCGCCUCGACAUCCAGCUCUCUCGACGAAAAGUAGCUCAAGUCCUCAGAGGGAGUGUCUCGCCUAAGUUGAAUCGUUGCUAUAACGAGCUGCAGACGCUGGAGCUGCAACUGGACCAGCGAAUCAAACAUACAAGCUUCGAGCAGCAUAUCAAUUUCAUUUUCGUCAAGCUCGAGAACAGACCGCUCUUCUACAGAAUAUCAGAGCCGACACUCAUCAAACUCAGCAAUGUGUGUACUAUUCGCAAGCUGAAGUUACAGCACAACAUUCAGGUCCGAGAUGCACAAGCAGUCGAAAUGCUCCAUAACACGGUGAAAUGGCUAGAAAUUGCGGCACCACUCUCCGAGCCUUCUACCGUCGAGCCUACUCCAGGAACGGGCGAAUGGAUCUUCUCGGAUCCAACAUGGAUCAGGUGGAAGACAGCAACGGUCGACAGGUGGCCACUCUGGAUAAAAGGGGAUACUGGCGUAGGAAAGACAGUACUUGCUCAUACGCUCGUCACCGCGCUCCGGCAAGAGACAGUGCUACUAUUUCCCUUGGGCACCGAGAAUCGUCGCCGGGGGGACCAAAUCCGCCAACUAUUCCUCUCCAUGCUUCUGCGAAUUUGCAGAUCUGGACUUCUCCAUUCAUACCAUGAUAUCGCUCCCUGGCUGGAAAAGGUGAAGAGAUUUCGCUCUGCAUUCGGGCACGCUGGCGAGUGCGGAACACAACAACUGGCUCAAAUCACGCAAGAGAUUGUUUCCUUUCUACCCCCUGUGACCCUGAUCAUCGAUGCUUUGGAUCAAUGCAGCGAGUCCCAGGACAGCGAGCUUCUUGAACGCACACUAACAGCCAUCUCUACCAAUGUCCACCAUUCGGUCAUCCUAACGUCGAGGAAGCAGCCAAUAAUACAAAAUUCAUACAUGAUUGAGAUGACGCCUGAUAAGACAAAGUCCGACAUCGAGCUAUUUGCAAGACAAGAGAUCUCGCGAUACCGGGGGCUCCUCCAACCAAUCCAAGACGAUAUCCUGCGUCGAAUAGAGAGAGAUUGCCUGGGAAGUUUCCUGUGGGUGCAUCUGCUCUUGAACCAUGUCCGUCAAGGACCCAGUCUUCAGACUCGAAGGCGGAAACUACUGACUUUCCCAACCGAACUUCAACGGGUUUACGAAGAAGUCAUUCGGGAGACUGCUUGUAGCUUCGAAGAGCAAGACAAAACACGGCAAAAGCACAUUCUCUGGGUGCUUGCUGCUGCGCGGGAGCCUCUGACGCUUCGGACCUUAUUUUCCUUCAUUGGCGGCCAUGAAAAUGAGGAGCUCAUGGGGUCUCCUCGCAACGACGAGGACAUGGCCGUGGAUGUCGAUGGUCUCUGCCAUCCACUGGUGCGAGUUCGAGCACCUUAUGUGUAUCUAACCCACCCUACUCUCAAGGAAUACAUCUACAAAGACGCCAGGUCGGAAGGUCCUGACCUGUUCCUGGCCAAAAAAUGUCUCGAAAAACUGAACAACGAGAUGUACCAGUCUUGGAAAAUUGCUUUACGGCUGCUGCGCAAGCAUCUGUUGCCUCCUCAUAUGAUCACGGGCAAUGACGACCCCCAGCCGUUGAGAGAGUCGGUCCUUUACGAGUAUGCAGUUCUUCACUGGCAUGAGCACAUGACGGCACUUCGAAGACCCCCGGACGAUAUCCUUGGUCUGCUUGCUCAAUUUCUGCGAGGAAUCCAGGCUGUCACCUGGUCCGAAAACCUGUUUGAGGCAAAGCAUCAGAGUGGCCUUGCGCCACAAUUGGAGGUACAGACUAUGCUUAAAACUUGGUAUGAGGGUCUUGACGAAGGCACACAACAGAAGAUCCCCAUAAAGGACUACUUCGUGAAGCCACAUGAAAGACUGCAAAAAGAGUUGAAGGAGAAGGCACAAGAUAAUGUGGCUCCAUAUCUCCCAUUCAUGCGGCUCGGGCAAUUCUUCAAUCUGGGGGGCCGAUCCCGAUCAGACUGGCGAAAAGGGUUCUGGUACAAGGAGGCGGUGGCAGAAGGGCUUGAAAGUACUCUGGGCGCUCGACAUCCACUCACGCUCCAAACGAAAACAAGUAUGUUACAAGAGUUCUUUUGGCAAGGGCGAUUUGUGGAGGCAGAGCAAGAGCUGUCAAGGGUUGCAGCUACACAAAGGGAGAUUUACAACCAGGACAGUCUAGACGUCUAUGUGACUGUGCAAUUACUAGGUUAUGCACAGUACUCUUGUGCGAAGUUCAAUCAGGCCACGGCGAGCCUCAUGGAGACCGAGGAGGGCUUCAAGCGCUUGCAAGGUGAAAAUUCAGCCAAUGGUCUGGUGACAAGACUUUAUCAAGGGUAUGUGCAGGAAAAACAGGGAAACCUAACCACAGCUCGUACGAAUUAUGACAAAAUCCUCCGCGAGUGGAGUCCCAUCGGGGGUGAUGCUCAUCCACUAUGUAUCAUGUCGCGAACGGCGCUCGGCAUGGUCUGCCGCAAAUUGAAAGAGCACGCCACGGCGGAAGAAGCUCUGUUGGAUGCUUGGAGGCAGAGACGACGAGUUUUCGGUGACGACUUGAAUUUGACUGUCGAUACUGCCCUGGCUCUUGCCCUUGAAUAUCGAGACAAUGCGAAGCUGGCUCUUGCCAGACAAGUCCUGGACGCGAUCAAAUCUUCCGAGGUCUUUGCAGCUGACUUCGAGCGGACGUGUCAAUUGCAGUACAUAUCGUCCCUGAUAGAAUUCGACCGUGGAUAUUACAACCGGCCGAGGAUGGUUCUUCAGAGGCUCGUUGAUCAGAGCACCGGUAUCAGCAGGGAGGACAACAACAGGUCGCUGCUCUGGAUACGUUUGACAUUGGCAAAUGUUCUCCGACAACAUGAGCAUCCAGACGAAGCUGCAGCAUUAUUCAGCGAGAUUGUGGAGCCAAUCGAUGAGAUUGAAAGACGCUUCUAUUUCACCCCGGAACCUCCUGAGCGGUUAGAGAUUGCGGAAAAGGCGCUGCGGCUUGUGCAACAGAGCCGACAAGGCGAGGCUAAAGCACUGCUCCAGGCGAACAAACUCCAAUGGGUCCGUGAGCGUGACUUUGACAUCUUACAAGGGGGCCCAAUCACUGACACGGCCGUCGUCAAACCUGUCGUGACAAUUGCAACGGAACCCUAG